AUGCAGGCUCUGGACAUGCCAGAACGCAACGUCCUGAGCAUCUCCACUGGGAUUGAGGACAUAGGGCCCCUGAAGUGGGACCUGGCCCUGUGUCUCCUAGCAGUGUGGGUUGUCUGCUUCUUCUGCAUCUGGAAGGGAGUCAAGACCACUGGGAAAGUGGUGUACAUAACAGCAACUUUCCCAUUUGUGAUGCUGAUUGUGCUGCUGGUGCGUGGAGUGACCCUGCCUGGGGCAUCUGAAGGGAUCAAAUUCUACCUUUACCCUAACCUGACCCGCCUACAAGACCCAGAGCCUGGCCGCUUGAGGUUUUCAGUUGUAAACAUCAGAGUUAACACCGAGGAAAAGGUGAAGAUGGCUAUUGGCUAUGACCUAUGGCUACGAUCCCGACUACGUGGACAAGAAGACCAUCUCUGCAUCCAUCUCCAUCUCUGCAUCAGAGGUGGCACAGAGGCAAGCAAGGUGGAAGUGAACACCGACAACCUGACACUUUCGACUCCCAACACCAUCAUCAAGUUUGCUGACGACACUGCUGUGGUGGGCCUGAUCACAGAUAACAAUGAGAAGGCCUACCUGAAAGAAGACAAGGACCUAACCCACUGGUAUAGGGACUGUUUGCUGCUGGGAGGCCUCAACAGCGGUACCAGUUUUGUGUCUGGCUUCGCAAUAUUUUCCGUCCUGGGCUUCAUGGCACAAGAACAAGGGGUGGACAUUGCCGAUGUGGCAGAGUCAGGUCCUGGCUUGGCCUUCAUCGCCUACCCUAAAGCUGUGUCCAUGAUGCCGCUGCCAACCCUCUGGGCCAUCCUCUUCUUUAUCAUGCUGCUGCUUCUGGGCCUCGACAGCCAGUUUGUUGAAGUGGAAGGACAGAUCACCUCUAUUGUGGAUCUAUAUCCAGCCAUCCUCAGGAAGGGUUACCGACGGGAGAUCUUUAUAGCUGUGAUGUGUUUCAUGAGCUAUCUCUUGGGACUUGCCAUGGUAACGAAAGGUGGCAUGUAUGUGUUCCAACUCUUUGACUACUAUGCAGCCAGUGGUGUGUGCCUUUUGUGGGUUGCAUUCUUUGAAUGCAUUGCUGUAGCCUGGGUUUAUGGAGUUGAUAAUUUCUAUGAUGCCGUUGAGGAUAUGAUUGGCUACAGACCAAACCCGUGGAUGAAAUGGAGCUGGACCAUAAUCACUCCUGUCCUCUGCAUGGGCUGCUUUGUCUUCUCCCUGGUCAAGUACAAGCCCUUGACCUAUAACAAGGUAUAUGAGUACCCGGACUGGGCCAUCGGUCUGGGCUGGUUAAUGGCCCUGUCCUCCAUGAUCUGUAUUCCCAUGGUGAUGGUCAUCAAGAUCUUACAGUCUGAGGGAUCCCUGAUUGAGAGGAUCAAAGCAGUGGCAGCCCCAGCGAAGUCAGGCGUGAGCUCUCGCCCAAAAGAGUACAACUUGAAGGGCAGCGAGUUGACACAGCCCCUGGACCCAAACGGGAACAAUGGCUUGAUCAAGCCCACCCACACCAUUGUAGAAACAACGAUGUGAGCACUCUCUGUGAGAGGAAAAAGAUUAAUGUGCUUUCUGUGUUAUUAUCAUGUUUGCUAACUUUGAUAAUGGUAGGUUUGCAUCGUCCAUUAUAUUCACAUUAGAGAUACUCUGGUUUGAUUUAUAUGAAGAGGGUUAUAUAUUAUUGUUGUAAUGUUUUAUUCUCUUGUAAUUUUUAUUUUAUUUUUUACUAUAUUGAUAUCAUUGAUGUUACAUUUGUUGUUGCUGUAGUUGGCACUGAUCUCAGUUUAGGCAAUAUUUUGAGAUAGAAAAUAUUCAUUGUUUACUACAUUUCUGUUGAUUCCAGAGACAAGAUGAGAAAUUUGCUUUUUUGGUGUAAUAGGACAGAUUAUAUUCUCACUUCACAUAAAUUCAGUAAACUAACAAGUAAUUAACCACAUAUAAGAAAACUAAACAUCCUCACAUGAUUGCGGCAGUCUAGUUGCUCAAGCUAACCUCUAAUUUUGUUGUUGUUGUUCAUCCCUCCAGUUAAAAUGAAUGUACCUCGCUAGCAGCGGAAGUGAGCCACGUCUCUCAGAGUACACACAACAUUUUAAGUGGCAAUAUGCAGUGUAUAGAGUUAAUCUUGCUUUACGUCCUUUAAAUUACAAGCUGAACAAGGCCUUGGCCAAAUACUGUGAGAAAUGCAUUCAUAAGAAGAUCCAUCCAUCCUCAAAAACAGAAUGAGAUAGAGAUAGAGAUAGAGAUAUAUAUAUAUAUAUAUAUAUA